AUGGCGCUUUCCAAUAAUGCGAAUAAUACUAUUGCUUCGAAAAGUAAGAAGACAAAAAAGAAAAAGAAACCAGAUCCACCUUUGUUGAUGAAGAAACGGGAGAAACCUCCGUCUCCGUCUUCUCUCAAUAUUGAUGAUACUACGAAUAACGUGGUGCAAAAACGCGCGAAAGAAGAAAACAAAGAUUUGGGAGGCGUUUUUUUAGGGGAAAUGAAUGAAGAUGAGGCGAAGAAAGAAAGACAACACGCGGUCGUUCUCGUUUUGGGCGAUUUCGGGCACUCGCCGAGGAUGCAAAAUCACGCGAGUUCCUUACUGAACAAAGGAUACGAAGUCACCGCGAUCGCGUACAAGAAUGGAUCGAUGAUGAAGGAAACGUUGAGAGAAAAUGAUGGAUUUCGGUUCGUAGGUAUCUCUCGAUUAAACUUUUUACGAGUGAAGAAGACUAAGAUGCCAUUCGUGCCAUCGAUCGUAUAUUUCGCGCUGAGAGUCCUCUUGCAGUUUUUACAAGUGCUCUUGUGUUUGUUCUUUGAAACUGGGAAAGUGAAAGUGACAAAUGUGCUGGUGCAAAAUCCACCGUGUUUGCCGACGUUUCUCGCGUGCGCGGUGGCGAAACGGGUGAUGGGAGGAAAGUUUACUAUUGAUUGGCACAAUCUCGGGUACUCGAUUUUCAGCAUGCAAAGGAAACGAGGAGGGAAAGAUGUGUUGGUGAGAGUUAUGAAGGCGUACGAGAAGUACUCUUUGAGGUAUUUCGAUCAUCAUUUGACGGUGACGGAGAAGAUGAAGGAUUUUUUAAUUCGCGAGUGGAGCGUGGACGCGAGACACAUUUCCGUGGUGAAGGACGCGCCGGGGGAGCAAUUUUUACGAUUAAACACCAACGCCACGAGAGAAAAGAAAAAAGGAUUCCGGAAAAAGACGAGCGAUGUUGUGAAUGUUGUCUCGAGCACCUCAUGGACGCCGGACGAAGACUUUGACGUUUUGUUACACGCGGCGGUGUUGUACGACGAGAAGGCGAAAGAAGCGAGCGGAACGGCGACGAAGAAAAAGAAGAAGACGAAACAACGACUGCCGCAUUUGAACAUUUUGAUCACAGGCAGAGGAGAUUUGCGAGAAUCGUUUGAGACGAGAGCGAAAGAGGCGAAAUUGAAACACGUCAGUUUUUCGUACGCGUGGUUACCUAUCCACGAGUACCCGGAACGCUUGUCCAUGUCCGACGUAGGUUUGUGCUUGCACCAAAGCUCUUCGAAACUCGAUUUGCCGAUGAAAAUCGUAGACAUGUUUGGCGUGGGUAUUCCAGUUUUAGCGAGAAGAUACGAGUGUUUGCGGGACGAAUUAGUUCAGGAAGGUGUGAAUGGAUUGACAUUCGAUACGAGCGAAGAGUUGUGCGACGCGUUGAUAUCUUUGUUGGAAGGUUGGGACGGGAACGAGAACGAUAUUCUCUUCUUCUUCUUCUUCUUCUUCUUCUUCUUCUACCACCGCGAAAGGGAGAAGAAAAGUACCCGCCACGCGUCCUCCUCCGCCUCUUACGAAGAAGAAGUAUCAAUUAGAAGAUAG